CCAUUUGACCACCCUAUCCCAUCUGACACUUUCAACGGCCCUGUUCUCCCCCUUCCCUACCCUUGCCUUCCGGCUCAUUGUGUAGGAACCAGUGACUUCAUGAAGUUUCUCCGGAGCCACCUGCAUCCUGCUGCUCUGAAGUCACUUCCUGCCUGAGGUUGCAAGGUCAGGAUCCUGGGGAGCAUGGAUUACAGUGGAGAAACAGAAAGCCAAGCCAUCGAUGUUACAUAUGGUGGAGGACUGCCUACUUGGGUAGGAGGAGUUGACUGCUCCCCUGCUAAGAGUUCUUGUCUUUCAGUCAACCCCAUCAGGGGAUCAAAACCCGCUGUUAGCAAAUAGUUUUAGCAGAGGGUGGAGGAAAAGAGUUCAACCCCACCGAGGGAGGGGUGUAGGUGGUGCUGGGGAGGUCCUGAGUGCGCUCACAGCCGCCCUUCCUCUCUCGAGUUAUUUUUGGUUUCUGUGACUUGUAGAUUUCCUGUUAGCGACAACAGAAGCAACAGGAACUGAGUCGCCGCUGCAGAAACGAACGCCAGCAUCCCACUGGUCUCGUCCUGGGCCCCUGAGCCCACGGGGAUCCAGGCAUGUAGGGUUUGGCGUGCUCAGGCGCUAGGGCAGGUAUCUCGUUUGACUCCGCGCAGGACGCCUCUGUUCACCCCCGACCUGACCCUGCCAUUGGACCCCCCAUUAAGCAAGUGGGUGUCUUCCUCUCCUGAACCGGGUGACCCGCCACCUAGCCCCGUGAACUCCCCACGUGAGAGUCGCGGUGCGGGAUAUGUGGACAGACGGGCCGGUUAGGGGGCCGGAGACGCAGCAGCCUCCGGGUAGGUCCCUAGUCACGCGGGGCCCAUCCAGUCGGCCUCCCGCGGUCCCCUCCUGACGCAUGCGCUGCACUCACUGUCCCGGUCCAGUACACAGCUCUAAGCCCCGCCCCGCCCUCCGGGCUCCACCCCUGCACGGGAGUCCUGCUUCCCCACCCGCGGCGGGUGGACCCGGGCCGUGGCCAGGUCCGGCAGGUAGCUGACGCCUGCAGUGAUAAGACGGAUAACCCACCGGGAGACCGGCCGCCUCCCGGCUCCGGGCUGAACGUCUGCGCCCCCGGCUUCCCGCCCCGGACCGGUCCCGCCCAGGCCUCGACAGGCUGCGCUCGGCCCGCGGAGCCACACCCCCGGGAGCCGCUCGCCCCACCUAGGCAGCCCGGCUGGGUCCCUCCGUCGUCGGUGUCUUCCCCGGGGGCAGCAGCAGCUUGCGCUCCGCCGCGCGGCCGGGCGGCUGGGUGCGCAGAGGUGGAGGGUCCAGCGCCCUGCUCCCGCCCCGGGCGCGCGGGGCGGCGGCAGCCGGAUCCCCUCGCCGAUGGCGCACAGGGCCGAGCCCCCCGACGGGGGCUGGGGGUGGAUGGUGGUGCUCUCCGCGUUCUUCCAGUCGGCGCUGGUGUUCGGGGUGCUGCGCUCCUUCGGCGUUUUCUUCGUGGAGUUAGUGGCGGCGUUUGAAGAGCAGGCGGCGCGGGUCUCCUGGAUCGCCUCCAUAGGGAUCGCGGUGCAGCAGUUCGGGAGCCCCGUGGGCAGCGCCCUGAGCACAAAGUACGGGCCCAGGCCGGUGGUGAUGGCCGGGGGCAUCUUGGCCGCGUCGGGGAUGCUGCUCGCCUCUCUUGCUACCACCUUGACCCACCUAUACCUCAGUAUCGGGCUGCUGUCAGGCUCUGGCUGGGCCCUGACCUUCACUCCGACCUUGGCUUGCCUGUCCCGUUACUUCUCUCGGAGGCGAUCCCUGGCUACAGGGCUGGCACUGACCGGCGUGGGCCUCUCUUCCUUUGCGUUUGCCCCACUAUUCCAAUGGCUGGUCAGCCUCUAUGCCUGGCGGGGGGCUCUACUGCUGGUGUCUGCCCUCUCCCUCCACCUGGUGGCCUGUGGUGCUCUCCUCCGCCCACUGUCCCUGAUGGAGGAUCCUGUUGUGGGGGGCCCUGGGGCCCAACUCACCUCCCUCCUUCACCACGGCCCCUUCCUCCGUUACACUGUUGCCCUCACACUUAUCAACACUGGCUACUUCAUUCCCUACGUACAUCUGAUAGCCCACCUCCAGGACCUGGAUUGGGACCCACUGUCUGCUGCCUUCCUGGUGUCAGUUGUGGCAAUUUCUGACCUCGUGGGACGUGUGGCCUCUGGGUGGCUGGGAGAUGCUGUCCCGGGACCUGUGGCACGGCUCUUGAUGCUCUGGACCACACUGACUGGGGUGUCACUGGCCCUGUUGCCCGUGGCUCACACUCCCACGGCCCUGAUGACUCUGGCUGUGGCCUAUGGCUUCACAUCAGGUGCCCUGACCCCAGUGGCCUUCUCUGUGUUGCCUGAAUUAGUGGGGACUGGAAGGAUUUAUUGUGGCCUGGGACUGGUACAGAUGGUCGAGAGCAUUGGGGGCCUACUGGGGGCUCCUCUGUCAGGAUACCUCCGGGAUGUGACGGGCAACUACACAGCUUCUUUUGUGGUGGCGGGGUCCUUCCUCCUGGCAGGGAGUGGCAUCCUCAUGACUCUGCCUCAUUUCUGCUCCUUGGCCUCUACCUCCAAGCCUCAGGACCGCAUAAGAGAGGCAGUUGAAACCAAAGUCUCUCUGUCCAAGGAAGAGCCAGAAGAGGACUAAACUCCAGAAAGGGGCUGUGAGACCCAGAAAGCCAGACAUUGGCAGCACCAGAUCUUCCCCUCCUGCCCCAUCUUGGGGCCCACAGAACCACAGUGCCUUGAGCAUCCUGAUCCACCUCCCCCCAGGCAGGCCCGGCAAGGGGAAGUUGCAAUGCAAGUGCCAACACCUAGUAUUUCCUCAAGGCCUAUUAUCUCUCCUUUGCUCCCACAACCUCUGCCAAAGAAUCCAGGGGCUCAGCCAGCUGCCCAGAGCUCAGAAUCAGCUAUGAAAAUCAAAGGUCAAGAGACUUAACGUGUUUUACCUGUGAUCUCUAGCAUUGCCUACCAACUUUCUUCUCUGAAGACAGACAUUUGGGAAAGAGGGAUGCCCUUUUGAGAUAAAACCGAAUAAGGAAACCAA